AUGGCUGAAAAGCAGAUCAGUCUGCCAGCCAAGCUCAUCAAUGGCGGCAUUGCUGGGCUGAUUGGAGUCACCUGUGUGUUUCCCAUUGACUUGGCCAAGACCCGGCUGCAGAACCAACAGAAUGGCCAGCGCCUGUACACAAGCAUGUCUGACUGCCUCAUCAAGACCAUCCGCUCGGAGGGCUACUUCGGCAUGUACCGAGGAGCUGCGGUGAAUCUGACACUUGUCACCCCAGAGAAGGCCAUCAAGCUGGCAGCCAACGACUUCUUCCGUCACCAGCUCUCUAAGGACGGGCAGAAGCUGACGCUGCUGAAGGAGAUGCUGGCUGGCUGUGGGGCAGGCACCUGCCAGGUGAUAGUGACCACCCCCAUGGAGAUGCUGAAGAUACAGCUGCAGGACGCGGGCCGCAUAGCCGCUCAGAAGAAGCUCCUGGCAGCCCAGGCUCAGCUCUCAGCUCACGGCGCAGCCCAGCCCAUGACAGAGGCUCCCCCUGGCCCCCGCCCCACGGCCAUGCAGCUCACCCGGGACCUGCUGCAGAGCCGAGGCAUUGCUGGCUUAUACAAAGGCCUGGGGGCCACACUGCUCAGGGAUGUCCCCUUUUCUAUUGUCUACUUCCCACUCUUUGCCAACCUGAACCAACUGGGGCAGCCGGCCUCUGGCGAGAAGUCCCCCUUCUACGUGUCCUUCCUGGCUGGGUGUGUGGCUGGCAGUACAGCUGCGGUGGCUGUCAACCCCUGUGAUGUGGUGAAGACGCGUCUCCAGUCCCUUCAGCGCGGGGUCAACGAGGACACCUACUCUGGCUUCUUGGACUGUGCCAGGAAGAUUCUGCGGAAUGAGGGCCCCCUGGCCUUCCUGAAGGGCGCGUACUGUCGUGCUCUGGUCAUCGCCCCGCUCUUCGGCAUUGCUCAGGUGGUCUACUUCGUGGGCAUCGCUGAGGCCCUGCUGGGGCUCCUGCAGGGCCCCCAGGACUGAGCAC